CGACACAUCUCGAGAAGGGAAUUUCCAGCGCCUCCAGCCUUGAUAAUCAUGCCGUAUGCACUGCUCAAUACGGGAAGCGAUGAGUGCCUCUCGUUGGAAAUGGAGGAGGAGGAAUCUCCCCUCCCGUCGCCGUCGAGAUCGAAGCCGUAUUUGAUGAUGGCAACCGUCAGCCUGGCCGGUGCCCAGGCGGCAUUUUCGAUCCAAUUCGCAUACGGAACGGUGUGUACUAGUCCUGCCACUUCCAGUUACUAGCACAGAGGAAUGGAAGUGAUGACAGCAGCUAUGAAACAGAAUUACCUCGCCUCUCUAGGACUGAGUCCAGCGUUGGCCAGCAUCGUCUGGCUGAUCCCCCCGCUAUGUGGCGGCAUCAUGCUCCCCGUCUUCGGAGCCAUAAGCGACCAAUGCCCGGCCACCUUCUUCUUCUUCUUCUCCAGCGGGAAGAGAAAGCCCUUCAUCGCGGGAGGGGCCUUGACUCUUGCGGCCAGUCUUCUCGUCUUCGCCUGGAGCGGCGAUCUGGCUCGAUCCCUCGACGGUUCGUGCCGGCCAGAUCGGCUUCACAGCUGUGCCUUGGCGCGCGACAUCUCCGUCCUGUCUAUUCUGGGCAUGAAUGUCUCCGUUCAAGCCCUGCAGGCGGGCGUGCGUGCUCUGAUGGUGGAUGUCUGCGGCGUGGAGCAGCAGUCCCAGGUUAACGCCUGGGCCGGGCGGAUGGUCAACGCGGCGAACGUGGUCUAUUACGGCCUCGCGUCGAUGGAUCUUCGACGGCUGUUGCCUUUCUUCGGCGAUACGCAGUUGAAAGUGAACUGUGCGCUUUGCGCCUGUAUUCUCCUCGUCACAGGCGGUCUUACAUGCAGCAUUUCUACGGAAGAGACCGCGACGCGGCCGUCCCGCUGGUCGGGCAUUCGUGAGCGCUUCCGAGAUGUGAUUUCGGUCCUGCUCUCGCCCGAUCUGCUUCAUAUCCAGGCCAUCCAGUUUCUUACCUGGUUUGCUUGGUUUCCAUACAUGAUGUACAUUCGAAGUUAUCUGGAUGGCUUUGGGAUGAAAUCCACACCCAGUACAACGGUACAAUACGGCUCUCUGGCUCUCUUGUUUCAAUCUGUUAUUGCGCUACUGGUGAUCACCCUUCUCCCUCCACUUGCCAGUCGCAUAACCAAGCGUCGCAGCGCUGGGGAUAACACAUCCACCGCCGACGGGAACGGCUUCGACUGGAAGACACACCGGAACAUCUGGGCUGCCGCGCAGGUCAUCUUCGCGAGCGCCCUGUUGGGAAUCACGUUGACGAGCUCGGGCAUAGUGAGGGUCAUCCUGGUGGGACUGACGGGGACCAGCUGGGCGGUGAUCCAGUGGGUGCCGUUCACAUUUAUGACGGUCAAGAUCCGGGCUUCUUCCACCGCGGCGUGCUAUCUGACCUACAAGGAAGAUUCUCGGAACGUCGGCGCCAUGGUUGGCUUGUUCAACCUGUCGAUUGUCAUCCCGCAGCUGGUGAGCAUGCUCCUGAGCAGUCUCAUUUUCUCUGCCAUGACAGACCUGCUGCAUGGACCGGCGGGAUGCAGUCGACUUAUCUUCUUUAUAAGCAGUUUGAUGUCUUUUCUGGGGGUUGUACUUACCACGAGACUGAAGUUUAUGUAGAUAGACAGACAGAUAGAUGCCUCAUAUAUAGGACGAGUAGAAGAAGCCAGUACUUGAUUAGAUAUGUAUCUCUUACU